GCUCCUGGGCUGCAAGUGGGGAGAGAGGCUUCCUUGAGGAGAGGAAGUCUGUUGUGUACCCAGGAGUGGACUGGGAGUGAAGGGAGUGACCAGCUCUGCCACAGGGCUGGGGGAGAGGGCCAUCCUCAAGGCCAAGGCUGUCUGUGGAGGAGGGAGAACUGGGCGCCUGGUCAAGCUUGGUGGUUUGCACACCAAACUGACCUCUAAAACUCAGAGUAGGAGCAGGGCCCAGUGGAGACCUGUGCCUACCCUACAGGGGACACAACUGAGAAACCCAGUGGGUGAAGGCCUCCAGGUACCUCCCCCACCACACCCACCUUCCUUUCAUUUCCUGAGGGACUGGACACAAACUUCCCUCCUUCUUGGAGGGGCCUGAACAGCGGCUGCAGCUCCAAGGAGCGUCCAUUCUAUCUGCUGUAACCUAGCUCCUCGCCUCCACUCCCAGCUCAGCUCUGGCUCCUCCAGGGCCUGCCAUGGACCCAGCAGCCAAGGACAACAAGGAGUCUGCACAUCCCCCUGGCUCUUCCUGCCCUGGGCCUGAGUGGCCAGAGCAGGAAAGGGCGGAACGCCUGGCCCGGGGUGCCGCACUGAAGUGGGCCUCAGGCAUCUUCUACCGGCCAGAGCAGCUGGCCAGGCUGGGCCAGUACCGGAGCCGUGAGGUGCAGCGCACCUCCUCCCUGGAAGCACGCAUCAAGUCGGUGGUGCAAUCGUACCUGAAGGGUGUGCAGACUGGUGUGUGGCAGCUGGCCCAGGCCCUUGAGGCUGUGCAGGGAGCCCGGGAGAGCCUAGGCGAGGCCCAUAGGUUGUUCAGGAGCAUGGCUGAGGCUGCGCUGACCCUAGAGCCCCUGCAGGAGCGGGUUGCCCAACACAAGCAACUGCAGGCCCUGUCUCAGCUCUUGCCUCGGCUUCGAGCAGUACCAGCUGCAGUGGCCCACACGCAGACCCUGAUUGAUGCCCAGCGGCUCCUGGAGGCAUAUGUGAGCCUGUGGGAGUUGGAACAGCUUCGAGAGAACACAAGGGUAGCCCUGGGGGGCCUGGAAUUACCAGCCUUUGAGGGGCUGGGCCCUCUGACUGAGGCACUGGGCUGGGCUGUGGAGGUGGCAGCAGGGACUGCAGGGCAGCUGGCACGGGAGGACCCAGCCUUGCUGGUGGCUGCUGUGCGUGUGGCCGAGGUGGAAGCUGGGCGCACAGGCCCCCUUGGGCAACACCCCCAGGACUGGCGGCAGCGCUUUCUGCGGGCACUACAGGAGGGUCUGGAGCGGGUCUACUUUGGGACAUCUCUGCUGCCUGGGCCAGGGGCCCUAGCAGAAUGGCUGGAAACUCUGCGUGUGGCACUGCCAGCCGAGUUGGCUACAGCUGAGGCACUGGUAGCGCCCUGCUGUCCGCCGAACUACAAGGUGGUCCAACUCUGGGCCCAUACCCUACACAGCGGCCUGCGCCGCAGCCUGCAGCAACUCCUCACAGGUCCUGAACUGAGAGCUGCUGAUGCCUUCACCCUGCUGCACUGGGCACAGCAUGUGUACCUUGGGCCAGAAAUGAUGGGAAGCCUUGAGUUGGGGCCUGACGCUGAUGUGUCCCAGCUGGAGCCCUUGCUGACCCUGGAGAAUGUCGAGCAGCUAGAGGCAACAUUUGUAGCCAAAGUCCAGGCAAGUGUGGCCCAGUGGCUGCAGAAGGCACUGGAUGGGGAGGUAGCUGAGUGGGGCUUGGAAAAGGAGCCAGACACAGACCCAUCUGGCUUUUACCACUCACCGAUGCCGGCCAUUGUGCUGCAGAUCCUGGAUGAGAACAUCCGUGUGACCAGCGUGGUCAGCAAGUCACUGCAGCAGCGGGUGCAUGGCAUGGCAGUGUCAGAACUGGGUGCAUUCUUGAGGAGCUUCAGCGAUGCUCUGAUCCGAUUCUCCCGAGACCACCUCAGGGGCGAAGCAAUAGCUCCUCAUUAUGUGUCCUACCUACUGGCCACACUCAACCACCACACAGCACUCAGGUCGUCCGUGUCUGUCCUUCACCUCGAUGGGAUGGCUUCUGUGGCCUUGGCUCGGGUGGAAGCUGCGCUGGACGAGCUGCAGAGGAGGAUCUGCCGCCUGGUGCUGGAGGCCCUGCUAGCGGAGCUCCAGCCCCUGUUCUCAAGUCUGCCCUCGCGCUGGUGGCUGUCGAGCCCAGAGCUGCUGGAUGGUGUGUGCGAGCGGACUGCGAACUUCUGCCGGGACUUCCGGCGCGUGCGGAGCCCGGCAGUCCAGCUGCUGCUGGCUGAGGCGGAGCGCACCGUGGUGCUGCAGUACCUGCGCGCACUGAUGCAGGGCCGCUUAGUGUGCCGUGGUGCAGACGAGCGGACCCAGGCCGCCGAGCGCCUGCGGCAUGAUGCCACCCAGCUCCGGGAGCUCUUUCUUGGUUUGGGCCUGGAGGAGAGCGUGCAGUGCGCGCCAGUGCUGCUCGCCCUGCGGGAGCUGCUGAACCUGCACGACCCUACGCUGCUUGGCCUCGAGGUGGCCGGCUUGCGGCAACAAUUUCCCGACGUGAGCGAGGACCACGUCUCAGCCCUCCUGGACCUGCGCGGGGACGUGUCCCGAGAGCAGCGGCUGGCCGCACUCAGCUCCUUACAGGCCGUCCCGCCGCCCUCGCCUCCUGCUGGUCACCGCGCACUCUUCAGCCUAGUGCCGGCGCCUACACCCGCACCGUCCUACUGCCUUCCCUCGGGAUCCUGCGCCUGAUGCUCGGCUGCCUGCAGAAUAAAGCCAACGGCUUCCGGGCCUCUGGCUCUGUGUGUCUGGGGGAAGGAGGGGUGAAAUAAAAGUGUCCGCAAAGGUUAGGGGUUAUGCACAGUAUGGUAUGGUACCUUGGUUCCCAGCCUGCUACACAGACUGCGAUCCCAUGUAUCCAGACUCGGCGUGGUAUGCAAGUACCGUCCUCGCCCGCGUAUCCGCGCCCCCCAAAAAAACCUAAGCCCGCUCCCAUCGAGUCGAUUCCAACUCAUAGCGGCCCUACAGGACAGGGUAGAACUGCCCCAUAAAGUUUCCGAGGA